AUGUUAAGUUUCACAUCUGAUCCAAUCUAUCGUCGUUUAAUCGACGAUCCAACAGAAAAGCGUACAUGGUGUUCUAUUACAUAUCAAAAUCAUCCAUGGCUUAAAUAUUAUACCUCCGCAGUAAGCAUCUUUCACUUUCUUGCACCAUUUAUUAUCAAUUUUAUAUCAGCAAUUAUUAUUGUAAUUAAACUAACAAGAACUAAAUCAAACGUACAGCCUAAUAACUUGCAAAUGUUCUAUGGACAAUUAUUAAAAGCACAAUUACUUAUACAUAAACAUUUAAUUAUUAGUCCAUGCGUUCUAGUCUCAUUAACACUACCACGUUUAAUUAUUUCAUUUGUUUAUGUUUGUAUGAAAUCACCACGUCAGCCAUAUUUAUUCUUAUUUGGAUAUUUCAUAUCUUACUUACCAUCUCUCGCAACAUUUUUCAUAUUUGUAUUACCAUCAACUACGUAUAGAAAAGAACUUUUAAAACGUUUUAAAAAAGCAUAA